AUGGAAGAUAAAGGUGACCCAAGCAGUGCGGAGGCACCUGAGACUAUCAAACCCACAAGGAAAGGCUUCAGCCAAACCCGGGGAUUUGGAAGAACCACUGUUGCUAAGCGAGAGGGUGCGGGAGACAUGGAGGCAGGCUCGCUGGGGCAGCAGCCCCCACGGCAGCACAGCCUGGCCCUGGGACGCACUGGGAGGCAGCCACAGCACACCGAGCGGGUGGAGGAAUUCCUUACAGCAGCUCAGCACCAAGGAAGACAGAAUGUUCCUGUCUCCCUUGCGGAUUCCAGUGAGCCAACGUCUUGUCCAGUCCCAGAUGUUGAAACUGCCUUGGAAGGGAGCGUAGGAAGUACCUCUGAGAUGAAAAGUGGCCCCUACUCUGGUUCCUUGAGUGUACAGGAGCGACCUGCCUCUUCUGGAAAGGCCACAGGGAGCAAGGAGAAGGAGGACACCUCCGACAAUGACAGUGAUGGCCUGACUUUGAAGGAGCUUCAGAAUCACUUUUGGAGAAAGCGAGAGCAAGAGCCACCUGACAGGCCCCUGAAAGGCAUCCAGAAUCACCUGAGAAAGAAGCGUCGGGAGGAGAAUCCCACAGGAACUGUGCAUGUCAAGGCAGGCACUGCUGUCGAGAAUGCUCUGCCCAGCAAGCAAGAGCCAGAGACUGUCCAGAGGGUUGUGUCCCAGGCAGUGACCAAUGACCAAGAGAAUCAGUGGGAGAGGACAGCAGCUCUGCAAGUUAAAGUUGAAGAAAGCAGGGACUCGGGCAAGCCUAAGCCUGAAUGUGAGCUGCACGACCGCAACACUCUGGACCGCAUGUGUCUCCAGCCUCGUAACAACAGGUUUCUGAGUUGCUGUGACCGAUGUGAAGAACGGUUCUGUGGCGAUUGUGGGGGCGCUUCUCAGGCUCGAGGAAAGCUUCUGGAAAGGAACAGGGAAGAUUAUAUCUGCCCAAACUGCACCGUUCUGCAAGUGCAGGAUGAGACUAAGGCAGAAACCACAGAUCAUCGGGAAACUAAAUUUAGACCUGGAGAUGCUGGUGACACAGAGUUUACAAGUACAGGAACAGUGGAGCAAAAAUCUAGUGAAGACCGAAAGAUAAAGAGGAGAGUUGAGAAAGCUGCAAAUCCAAGCAGAAAGAAAAAACUCAAGCUUUGCCAGCCUGUGGUAGAGGCUCCGGGCACCUCCAGGUGUCCCCGCCCUGGGUGCUCCACUGUGGUGCAGCCCAACCUGGCCUACUGCAGCAAGGACAGUAUUCUUACACAUGCUGCAGCUACUAUGAAAUGCCUAAGUUCAGGCAAAGAACAGAAGCCAAAAUCUAAGGAGAAGAUCAAGAUGAAGCCAGAAAAACCCUCUCUUCCAGAAACAUCAGUGUUAAAAAUACAGUCAUCCAUCAAGCCAGGAGCUACCCGGAUUGACACAGCCUCAUCUAAGCGAGCAGCAGUCACUACAAAAUCAUUUGAGCCCCCUGCCAAGGAGUCUGUCAGAGCUCUUCCUUCCUUCCACCAGGACUCCAACACCAAGGCAGACGACGGGGUGUCCGCAGCUCCUUGGCCAGACCCGACUGUUCAGCAGUUUGGUCAGUUCUCAAAGGCUCAGGCUCUAGAGGAAGAGGAGGAGGAUCAGCCGCACAGCCCUGAAGAAGAGCAGAACCUGGAGAGAGCCUUGGAUGCACAGCUCGCCAAGCGAGGGACAUGCCACGAUGUGGAAGCGGCUCCUGAAUCAGGCGAGAGGGAAGAGGUGGCCUGCGACCCCGAGGAUGAGACAGUCUUAGAAGCGAAAAUGACCAUCGAGGACGUUCCCAACAGGAUGUGUGCAGACAUGGCCGAAGAUGCUGCCAUUGAGAGACUGAGUGCUGGCAAGUGUGCCCCAAGGCAAGGUCGAGGGCUGGCCAUGGGACAUUUGCCAAAACCUCAGAAACAAAAGGUCAGAGAAUACAGUCACAGGAAGAGCCUCUCAGGAGGUCAAGGGAGUGCCUCAAUGACCCUCAGCCCAACCAGCGGGUACAGGGUCAAGGGCAAGGGUGAAGGCCAAGAGCCCCUCAGACCUGCCACGUGGCUGUGGGGCACAGGAAGGCAGUGGCAGCCGGUGCUGCUGUGUGACGUCUGUGAGGACGGGCCUGGGCCCUGCUGCUGUGGGCAGAACUCAGCUGACACGUCACAAGUGAUGACGGGGAGACAGUGA